GUCCAUUAUAUCCCUCCGCGAAGAGAUAUGCCCCAAGGCGGAUGUGAAACGUCACACAGGUAAACUUCAUUCCGAGAAGACAGACGUCUGUUGCACAGCACCUUACCACUACUACAGGCAACAUGGGCGCUACAGGGUCAAUGCAAUGCAUCAAGUACCUGCUUUUCGCAUUCAAUUUGAUCUUCUGGAUCACUGGCCUGGCUAUGAUCGGGGUCGGUGCAACCGUGAAGAUUGCGUUUGGGGACUACUUUGACUUCACGGGGAAUGCCUUCGCAUCUGCACCAGUCUUCCUCAUCAUUCUGGGAGUGUUUGUGGCCAUCAUCGGCUUCCUAGGCUGCUUUGGUGCCAUCAAGGAAAACUACUGCAUGGUCACCACUUUCGCCGUCCUCCUGAGCCUCAUCUUCAUUCUGGAGAUCGCUGCCGGCAUCACGGGAUACGUCCUGAGGAAUGACAUUGAGAAUGUGAUUGACACGGCCAUGACAGACUUCAUGAUGAAAUGGGAAAACACGACUAAGGGACGACUUGCCUUCGAUGGUGUUCAGAAAGAGUUUGAGUGCUGUGGUGUCAAGAACUACACCGACUGGUUCCAGAAGUCUCCCGCCUUCAACAGCACCAAGAAUGUCCCCGGGUCGUGCUGUAAGAAUGCCAAGACUGAGUUUGAUGUGAAGAAGCCUGACGACUCCUGUGGGGUGGAUGCUGGUACAGAUGCAACCAACAUUAACACUGAGGGCUGUCUGCUGAAGCUGGAGGACUGGCUGGCUGGCAACAUCCUCAUCAUCGGAGGAGCCGGGAUCGGGAUCGCCUUCAUACAGGUUGUUGGAAUCAUCUUUGCCUGCUGCCUGAUGAGGUCCAUCAAACAGGAGUAUGAAGUGGUUUGAUGACAUCAUUUCCACUGAGGGAACCACUGUGCCUUACCAGGACAACAAAUCUAAUAUGCCUUUUUUUAGAAAUUGACAUUCCAGUCUGUGGAGUAAGCUAUGGGUUUUAAGCACGAGUUUGUGGCAGGUUUAUCGGCAUAUCUUUGCAGUCGCUUAGUUAGAAUUGUGUUGCUGCAAUUAAUCGGACUGAAAAAGUAGGGCAAACGGAAAAUAUAAUCAUAUUCAUUCAUCUGGUUAGUUGGUUUCUUAUUGGCAAAUUACAAAGCGUUGUUUAGAAGCAGAAUGUGGUGGAUGAUUCCUUUGAUGUUGACCUUUUCCUGUGAAACAUGAGCACAAAAAAUCUCACCAGUCCUUCAUGGGCAACCUUGCAUUUGACUUUGGUUAGCCAGGUUGUCCACUGGGUUAGUAAAGUCACAUACAAGGUUGCCCAUGACUAUUUCAGGCUGCCUCAGUUCCAUGGCCCUAUGAUUCUUGCUUAGGGCUGUGUUGCUAAACAAAACAGGUUCAGUUGUAUUGUGGUCAAUGUUACAAGUUUAGUUGCAGGUCGCUAUUUUGAUCUCUUCCCUGCAGUAUAAUCUAAAAGGAAAGCAAUCGUAAAGUGUUUCAUAUGGAAAGAGAAUUGUUGAAAAUUAUUUGUGAUAGGAUAUAGAUGAGAUGUUUUAGGUACACUUGUACUUUGUGCUGUCUGAAUAAUCUGGCUUGGUUCAUAUUUAGUGACUAAUUUUGACAUGAGUUGCAGAGGAUACAAAAUAUGAUGGCUGUGCAAAAAUUCUGGCGUACUGUAAAUAAAAUCAUGCUUUUAAUUGCUCAGGGAAAAACAUGAUUGCAUUUUAGGAUCUUGAUAGGAAUGUAAAAAGGACCAGGUAUUAUCUGCUAUCAUCAUUCCUAAGCAUUUGUGUGCAUUUUAUGAAAUCUGUACAAAUAUGCAGAAAUCACUAUGUGAAAUGCAUGAAUCAUAUGAAAUUCACAGUUUUUUUAGAUGCCAAUCAUCCAACCACUGCCUAGGUCACAUGACAAAGGGGGAUAUUCAAGAUGGAAUUGGCAAGCUGCAAAGACUGGGAAAUAUGCUGUGACGCCUCAUGCAAAAAAUACGGGCGAUUAGAUUUGUCUUUGUGACAAAAUGCACACAUUCGAUGGUUUUAAGUAAAACAUCAUGGGUAGAAACACUCAGAAAUGUGCUUUCUCUCAAUGUAGUGGUCGGACAGUUUGGAAAAAAGACUGCAUUUUUCAUAAGGUUCAUAUGUUUUGCAUAAUGAUCAUGUAUUUUUCACAAGAUUUGUAUGUUUUUGCUUAGUGCCUCAUGCACUCUUUCACAAAAUUUGUACAAAUUUCAUAAAAUUUGUGCAAAUGUCAGGUACCCCUGUAGCUCCUGUGAUUCCUGUUGUUGAGCAAGUUCUCCUAAAGUUUGCCAAGAAUUGUUAUUCCAAUAUCUUAUAUCACAUGAGUUAUGUAUUUGAUAAUCAUAAGUGGCAUCAAUAAUCAAAAUCUUUCGAUGUUUGUCAAGAAAGUAACAAAAUAGUUUGUACUUAUAAUAAGAAGUCAUUUGGUAGCCUGGUAUCCAGCUGUAUUAUAGCUCCCGAGUCUCUUUUGUCCUCUCCAUGUAUAUUUGCAGAGGACAGAAGAGACUCGGGGAGCUAUAAAACGACUGGAUACUAGGCUAGUCAUUUUGGCAGAUGUAGCCUGACUGGAUCGUAAUUUGGUCAGGAGAAAUUCAUAUGAAAGUUAGUUGUAUUUUCUGCAGCUGUGCCAAAAGUGAUGGUCUUUUCUAUGACUGUAGUUUGUGGAUCCUAAAGGGACCAUUGAACACACUGAGUGAUGCAAAAUAAAGGAGUAAAGAUAUGUCAAAUUAAA